UGAGAUGCAAAAUUGACUUCCGUGCUGGAGAUGGACCUUGGGGUUGAACAAAGGGCAGAAAGCCCCACUCCCAUGGAAUCCCCUGUUGAUGAGCUGCCACCCACUGAGGAAGAACAGGGGGAGCCAGAAGGCUCUCUGGUAGAGCUCCUUAAGACUGAGGCCUUACACCUCAAGAAGAAAGACCAAAGCGCUACCUCUGGAAUAAACUAUGAAGAGGGUAGUAAUGCUGGAAGAAGCUCAGAAGGUAACACUGCUGCCUUUGGUUCUGCAGCUGAAAGAAAUGUGACAAAGAAGGGCCCAGGAAAGGAUCAAAGUUGGUCUGACAAAGUGAUAGCAGGAAUGACCAAAAUCGGAAUCUUAAAAAAGGAAGAAAAAACAGAAACUCCUUUAGAAGGACCUGAGAAGGGAAAGCUGUCUGCUAUUGCAAAUCAGAAUGUGAAAAAAAGAACGCAUAACCAAACAAAGAAACAGAGAAACUGGGAAGUUAAGCAAAGCCAAGUGAGUUAUGAAGAUGGUGUUACAGUAUUUUUCCAUGCCAUACUGUCUAAGGACUUCAAAGGAGAGUCUGAGGAGCCUAGAGUCUUCAUUAGGGCAGAAGGCAUUUCUGGAUAUAAUGAUUGGGAAGACAAUAUCUGUGAGCUGGUUUGCACAAAGGAUGUUGGUAAACAUAAACAUCUAAUCGAAGGUUGUGUCACCAUUUCAAUGGACAACUUGGAUAAACAAAUUCCCUAUAAAUAUUAUGUGGUAUGUGGCGAGGAAGGAGAGUAUGAAGUUAUUCCCAAAGAGUCUCCAGAGGGAAUCCAUGUGAAUCGCUGUUUAUUUAUACAGUUCAAGUAUUUAAGUGGUACAGAUUGGCAUCAGUUUGAUGAUAUAAUAUGUAAAGAAUCCUCUUUAAGCAGAUGGAAUAAAAAUGCCAAUAUUGUGAAAAGGAAGAAAAAGGCUUUACAAAUAAUGCUGGAUAGUCUGCUCUCUAUAUUGAAUACCUUGACUUCUUGCAAUGUCGAGAACUUCUUCCAGCAAUUUAAUCAGUUUUACUUGGUGAAUAAGAAGCUAAUGGUACACGAGGGAGAGCCAAAGGAAUGGACAGAUUUACAGUUUGAUGAAAAGCAGCAAGUUCAUCAGUGGCUGUGGACAAUCCCAGUUCUUCAUCUCUUUACUGAUUUUGAAUACAUCCAAGAGAAUGCUCAACUUGAAUCUGAAGACGCAUGGGCAAGGUUGAAAGGUCUUCCCUUUGUUAAAUAUAGGAUUGAUGAAGAAAAAAAGGGUUCUGAGAAGUAA